AUGUCUUCGACUCCAGUGUUAUCAUAUAAGAAACCAUCCACUGUGAAUAAAUCAAACAGUGAGUCUAAUUCUUCCUCGCAUAGCCCGACUCCAGUUGCAAGUAAACCUGGAACUCCAAGACUUAGUUCUAGCUCCAAUACUUCUACUGGUGUUAACACAGGAAGGAAAAUUCUGUCCAGAAGAAAAGCUUUGCAAGAAUUCUAUCAUAUCCAGGGCUUACAGAAGUCAGAAAAGCUGGAAGACGACAAUACAAAGCAGAAUAAAGAAGCAAAACAAGAUAACGACAAUAAACAGAAGAUUGAUUUUACAAAUCCUGACACUUUACGACAGUUUGUUAAGGAAAGCUCAAUUGAAGAAAUAUUAAAAGUCAGAAAUUCCAUAACGAAUGACUUGAAUUCACAUGACUCUGCUAAGAAAUCAAUAAUAUAUGACAACUACUACGAAUUAAUUAAAUUAAAUCAAGUUUUAGGUGAUUUAUCCAAAUCGAAAGUGCCUUCAGAACCGGUGCAGUCAAAUGAGGAUAUCAAUAAAGGAUUCAAGAACUUAUCACUUCAAGUCAACGAAAAAGCAAAUAAGCCAUCGGCCUACCAAAUAAGUGAAACUUAUCUCGAUGAUGUAUUUAAUGACUUAUCUUCCUUUAUUAAACAGCAAUCAGAUCAAUUUGAUCAUCCAUUUGAAAAAGUUAUAGAGAACUUACAGCAAGAUAUGGAUGACUCAGUCUCCAAUUCAAGCAUAACAGGAAUCAUAGAGAAAGAACCAGUACCCAAGUACCUGAAGAAUAUCAACAAGGAAGAACUAAUAAAAGAAUUAACUGCACUAAUGGGGAACGCAAGAUUGGUUCAAGAUGAUUCAGUCAAAAAAACUUAUAAAGAAUCAAUUCAAAAGGUAUUGAAAACUCUUGAUAAUGAAAAAGAUGAAUUGUUGAUCCUACAAUUAAAUGAUUUGAAGAAAAAAUUCCUUUAA